ACACGCCCUUCUUCGGAUAUUACAUUGCUUUUGCGGAGCUAAAUAUGUUGCGGACCGUUAUAAUGUAGGCUGUCGAUCAAUGUUUCGAUUAGGCUACAGGCUAAGAAACCCAUUUUGGCCAUACGAUUGUUUAAGAUAUGUUAUAAUUUCUGGCAUUUAUUUCAGCAUCACAACAUGAAGACGGAGCCGUUAGUUUGACCAAACCUCCACGCAGCACCCGGUAUGAACCGGUUUGGGUUAUGCGCGAUCUCGUGCUACUCCCCCCUCUUGACAUGCAGUGUAUCACCGCAUCCGCGCGCCCUCGUUGGUCACACCCCUAUGUUAAGUCACGCAUUCUCACCCGCACACAUGCUUUGCGAGCCUCCGCAGCAUCAGCCUCCUGAUUGGACAAUAACCCCGGGUACAUUCGUUUUCGUCCGGCGCCCCGGGGUUCAUUUUAGAACCAAUCCAAUUGUCUAAAAUACACGAACUCGGCCCAUUCAGUGUCAUGAGCGAGCUAAAACGAAUGCACCUAUUAAUGCGCCCGUUGGUUGACAAGCUGCGAUUGGUCGGUAUGAUGACAUAAACUCGAUUAUCAUUCUCCAUCUAUUUUCGGGGAACGCGGACAAUUUUGUUGUAAGCGAAGCGCGUGCUUGAAGAAAAACGCAGAACUGGAAACAAACGUGCACCUUUUCAGCACCCGAUCCUCGUGGAUAGCCGUACAGGUCCAUUCCGCCAACAGCUAAUCAAUCAGACCAAACAAGCGUGGGUAUACAAGCAGCAGCCUUCUUUUUUUCGAUAAUCAUACAGCUACCACAAUUGUGUUAUUCAGCCAAGCGGCUCCCACGUUCACUGGAUACCAGGCCUAGCUGUUGAAUUCGAUGAGCGGAGGAUUCGAAGCAAUACUGCACAAGCUUUGUUUGCCCUAAAGGGCUGCAAGUGCAAGGAGCCAUAGCUAAUACUGCUACAAGUAUUGUUUGUAGAAGAUAAUACAUGCUGAUAUAGAUGAGAACGCCCUUAUAAACAGUGUAGUGGAGUUACACAGCCUUUGUCUUGUGGUGCUUAUGAUUCAGCGGGAUGUUGGAUCGGAUGGGACCAGGAAUAACGGCCUGCAAAUGAAGGGACGCAAGUAGAAAUCGAGUAAUUAGUCGACUCCAUUUAAACGAACAGACUCAAUCGUGGUAUUUGCUUUUCCCCCUCCACAUUGCUUGUUCGUGUAGCUGCACUCUAUUGUGUGAGCAUCUUUAUUAUUCCCUUCGCUCUGACCAGGAUCCUGCUAGCUCGCCCGCCGCCCCAUCGGCCACAGCUGUGUAUUAACUACAAUUUUUUUAAUCGGCACGGCACAGUUCGAUAUAAACAUGUGUUCUCGAGUUUGGUUUGUGACUGACCGGCGUAUCCAUCAGGAGUAUCCGCAAGUUCAGAUCCUUCGGGCUCUGAAACAGCGAUGCUCCGAGGAGGAUGUUGAAUUCCGCUCUCUUCUCAUGGACCAAAUCGUGCUCACCAUCAGCGAGGGACAAUUAGGUCUGCGGGUCGAGCAGGAGGUGGUGACGUCCUACCCUCAGGUGGCGGUGGUGCGAGUCCCCACCCCCUGGGUGCAGUCGGACAGCGACAUCACAGUGCUACGCCACCUGGAAAAGAUGGGCUGCCGGCUGGUCAACCGGCCCCAGGCCAUCCUCAACUGCGUCAACAAGUUCUGGACCUUCCAGGAGCUGGCCGGCCAUGGGGUCCCACUCCCUGACACCUUCUCCUACGGAGGACACGAGAACUUCCGCAAGAUGAUUGAUGAAGCGGAACCGCUGGGCUACCCUGUGGUGGUGAAGAACGCACGUGGUCACAGAGGAAAGGCGGUGUUCCUGGCCAGGGACAAGCACCACCUGGCCGACCUGAGCCACCUGAUUCGCCACGACGCUCCCUACCUCUUCCAGGAGUACGUGAAGGAGUCUCACGGCCGCGACGUCCGGGUGGUGCUGGUGGGCGGCCGCGUCAUUGGCUCCAUGCUGCGCUGCUCCACCGAUGGACGCAUGCAAAGCAACUGCUCCCUGGGUGGCGUGGGGAUGAUGUGCCCACUGAGUGAGCAGGGCAAGCAGCUGGCGGUUCAGGUGUCCAACAUCCUUGGCAUGGACGUGUGCGGCAUUGACCUGCUGCAGCUCAACGACGGCUCGUUUGUGGUGUGCGAGGCCAACGCCAAUGUGGGCUUCAUUGCCUUCGAUCAGGCGUGCGGCAUGGACGUGGCGGGCAUCGUGGCUGACUACGCCCUCUCACUGCUGCCUAGCCGCCUGACACGCAAGAUGUCGCUGCUCUCGGUGGUGUCCAGUGCCAGCGAGACUAGCAGCGAGCCUGAGGUGUGCCCGGCGCCCAGUAACGUACUGCCCGAGGCCGUGUGCAACAUGAGCGUGGGGUCCACUUCUAGUGAGAGCGACCCCGAGCUGGCCGAUACCACCCCGCAGCCCACGAGCCGCCAAGUUGGCCCCAGCCCGGUCCUGCCCAACCUCCCUGACCCGGCCUACAACUUCAACACCCUCCUCGCCAACGAGAUCAAACUAUUGACUGAGUGAGCCGAAUACAGCCACGGCACACAUGCACACUUACACACACAGACACACACACACCUGAACACAUGGCGAUGGACAUUCCUGUUACAGAGCACACACACAAACUCCUAUACACAUUAUACAGGCAGGAUGUUACAUGCAAAAGCAUGAGCUGAACAAACAAAAAUGAAAUGAAAAAUGCCAUGACCACAGAAACUGACAUUACGAACAUUCUCUUACUAACUCCCCCCAUAAACACAUAGAGAUCUGAGGCUGCUCCCCUGACUCUACUGCUCUUCUCCCCAACUGCGAACAACCCAGUUUUACAACCGCAGGUGGUGGCAGAAGUGGGAUACAGAAGGUUAGAUGAAUUACUGAAUCUUUUUGUUUUCAAUUGCAUUGUGUAUUUUGGAGAAUGAGAAUGAUGCGUGGUCGUCGUUAUAGAUCAACCACUGAGGAAGUAGCCAGGCUUGAUUUACUGGUGGUGAAAUGAAGUGUUUUUCAAGUGAUUUUCUCCAUAACUGGGCGAGGGGUACAUACAGAGGACUAGUUAGACUGCCCACCAGCUCCAUGUAGCAGAGGACAGACCUGGUUCACCGUCACAGGGACUAUUAAGUGCAGAUUGGGGUCAAUUCCAUUUUCUACCUCAGUUAAAUCUGGAAAUGGGAUGAUUGAAAUUGACAAAUAAAAAAAUCACUGUCACAUUUCAUUCGUAUUAAAUUCACAAAUUGUCUGUAAUCAAAAUGGGACUUACCACCCAAUGCUGACAAGGAGCCCCUAAACACGGGAUCAUUAGAAUAACAAAACUGACCUAGCACCAUUGCCAAGAGGCACCUUGUAUAGUAACAACACUACACGAUACCCUCUCAAGAGAUUCCAUCUAGAAAUGCAUAAGCAUAGGUCAAGCACAAUUGACCCUGAAACUCUAAAAUCGAGCGCUACUGUCACUUGGUUUUCAAGUUAAUGUUUUUAGCGGCUUGUUUUUAUUAGGAUUUUACAAGAACAAUAGUCAAACAGCGACUCUUUCUCUUCAUCUGAAAUAAAGCACUUUAAGAUAAACCGAUGAAUUGCGUGGUGGAACUGCAUACUCGGGAGCAGGUUGACGUUUAUUGUCAUGAGGGUUGUCCUGGAGGCAGAACUGAGUUAUUUCCCCUUAGAUAGGCUAGCUGCAAAGUCAAAUUUGUCAAUAUUGUAAAAAUUCAUGAAAAGUAAAAUGUGCUUUUUGGUCUCAAUUUAGGAUUAGAGAUGUUAUGAUUUUGUGGCUGUGCUAGCUAGUGACCAUUCUGCAGAGCUGCCUCCAGAACAAUAUUCAUGACGAAAAACUCUAACCUGAUACUUUGGAGGCAAGUUCAAUCCGUCUAGAAACAGUGCGGAAGCUGUCACUACACCUACAAGAAAAAUAUACCUCAAUACAGAAAACUUCUCACUGCCAUAGAAUAAACUACUUUGAGUCAUACAUAUCAGCCAGCAUCCUUGACUUUACAAGAUGUCCCUCCCUUGAUACAUAGGGUGUAGAUAUACUGUAGUCAAGUACAUUUUUUGUAAAUAAUAAUUUUAGAAGUGUUCAUGCUUACUAGUCUGGCUGAUAUGAAAACCAUAAGGGCUGAAAUAACUUUCUCAACUUAAACAUUUUGGUAAACUUGUGUAGAAAAGAUUGGUUUGUACAGAACUGCAAUGUCAGAAAUAAAUGUUUUACAAAAAACACAAGUGCUAACGUUUCUGUGGAUUUGGCUAAAUGUGUUUAAUCAGCCCAACGUUUUGGCCGGUGAUGAAUUACUGUUUAUUCAACUCAAGUGAGGUAAUCUUCAUAAACCUGUUGUACAAAUAAAAUGCAAAACAAUACUUACUUUUUUUUACAGUGUGUUUGAUAGAAUGUUACUUUUUUUAUUCCUCAAAAGGAAAACUUCUCCAGGGAUAUCUGUUGGUUACUUGCGGUAAAUCUACCACUCAGCCUUCAAAAAAUACCUAUCCUCUAGGUAUUAACUUUGGGGCAUCCAUCAUCAACCAAAAAGCAUUCGCUGUAAUCAUCCAAAGCACAAGCCACUCUACUUUGUGCCACUUAGUGACUAGCUACAGCAUAGUGUUGAGGCGAAUAACCCAUAUGUAAAAGGCUUCGAUGUCAAACCGUUGACUCUAACAUAACUCAGGGAAGCAGCCUUGAUCUCAUCCCCACUCCUAAGGCAUGUGACAUAUCCAUCCUAGCUACAGAUCUGCCUAAAAUGUGUAUUGAUGACAAACAAAAAAGGAUUUGUAACUAUUAAAAGAUGCGUUGUGCCAUUAAGGUUAACACUCACUUUUUUUCCUUACUUGUUUUAUAAUGUUCAGUGUUUUUUCCACUAAUUCAUUUCUGGUAUUUUUUAAGGAUGUGGUUUGUGUGCACUUAUCUCGUCUCAAAUAAAGUGAGGCCGCUGUGAAGCAUGGUUUUUGUGGGGGGCGAUUUACUAACCAGCUGGAAUCUAAUGGGUCUCCAUGGGGAAGAUAUCACGAGUAUGCCAAAUGUGAACACGGCAAAUCAUUUUUGGGAAAGUUUUAGGGACAAUGCAGUCAAGUAUUUCAGCAAGCUCAACCGGGAGGUAACACCAUUUACAGUACUGUGAUUUGUCCAACAUUAUGAAAUAUCUAUUUGAGUAAACUGAAUCCCCUGUACUUGAAAUAGGGCCAGGGGGUCUGAUCAUCAAUAAGUCUAAGUCACCCUGCUUCCACAGUUUCUGGGUGACUGGUCUACAAUUGUUGUUGUCCCUUUUAUUUUCCCAAAGGUUACGUUUGAUGUGUUGUCCUGUAUAUCAAGCCUGUGUCAUUCCACAUGUAUACUUUUUUUUUAAAUAAUGUAAAGAGAAGACAUCCUAGAGUCUAGACCAGGGGGCAAAGUACGGCCCGCCGGGCACUUCAAUCCGUCCCGCGAGACCCCUUUUUUCUCCCCAAUUUCGUGGUAUCCAAUUGGUAGUUACAUCGCUGCAAUUCCGGUACAGACUCCCGUACAGGGAGUGGCAAAGGUCGAGAGCCGUGCGCUCUCCGAAACACGACCCAGCCAAGCUGCACUGCUUCUUGACACAAUGCCCGCUUAACCCGGAAGCCAGCUGCACCAAUGUAUCAGAGGAAACGCCGAACACCUGCCGACCUCGUCAGCGUGCAUGCGCCCGGCCCACCAUAGGAGUCUCUAGAGCACGAUGGGACAAGGAAUCUCGGCCUGCCAAACCCUCUCCUAACCCGGACGAUGCUGGGCCAAUUGUGUUCCGCCUCAUGGGUCUCCCAGUCACGGCAUGCUGUGACACAGCCUGGGAUCGAACCCGGGUCUGUAGUGACGUCUAAUGCACAGCAAUGCAGUGCCUUAGACCGCUGCAACACUCUUGGGAAGCCACCGCAAUUUGAUUUUAACAAACAAUUGGUCCCACAAGAAAUGCGUCCCUCCAUUGAAAUUCAAAAUCCCGAUGUGGCCCUUGAGCCAAAAAGUUUGCGCACCCCUGGUCUAGACCUUAAUUACCAGCCAUUGGAAAGAAUGAAGGGAUUACCAUUUUCUCCAACAUAUGCAUUGUUGAAAUAAUAAUAAUAGUCCUAAUUACUACAUUCAUAUAACCUACAAAGCAUAUCUAGGUUAAUUUACUCUAUGGUUUAGUAUGUGUGUCCAAAAUAACUUUAAAUGCCUUAUCCCAUUUACUUUGUGGAAACUGAUAGGGAAACACUGAAUGAUUCAAAUUUGACUGACAAAAACAGCCCCCCCUACACACUCUUUUUAUUCACAAAUAUGCACAGAAUUGGAAACUUCUUUGAAAAAUGUGGUUGGCGUUGUAAGGCAUGAAAAAUGUUUUUAGCUUUGAUUUCAUCUAUCUGGUCUUUUCUGAUCAGUGUCCACCAUAGGAAGGAGACAAAGAACCAAUUGACGAGAACAGGUUACACUGCCUAUUCUAUAUAUGACAUGGCUAAAGCUAGUAAUUGGUAAGUAAUGACAUGGUCCUGGUUUGAUGAUGUAGCACUCCAGCCUGUUCUGUACUGAUGUUAACGUGCUAGUCGGAACAAGGAAACUCGUAAACUUCCGACUUGCUAACUAGUUGUAGUUAUACAUAUGCCGUGUUAAACCAGUUAGCAAAUCAUACAUUUCCGAGUUUCCUAGUUCACCUGUGGUGAGUGAAGGGUCUGUGACCAUACACAACAACAACACAAUUCAAAGUUACUAUUUAUUUCUGAAUUGCUGCUAAUGUAUAUUUGGCUCAAUUAAGGAAUCCAAUGUGUUUCUGAGUUUAUCAGUCUCUCAACACCUGGUAAUUAAUCUGAAUGCCAAAAACAAUCAUGGAUGUAAAAAUCAACACUAAUAAUACUAGUAGUGAAAUUAUGAACAUUGAUUCUUUGUGUUUUGAUAUAAAGACAUGACUUGUACAUAUGUAGGACUUGAAAGAGUCCUUCAUUUCAUCCAUCAAUGUGUUCAGAAAUGAACCUGAUGUUUGCUCUAAGGUUUACAAUAUUGAUUGAUAUAUUAAAUUGAUCAAUAAAAAAACUGCUUCUGUUAUA